GGAGGAGAAGCAGAUAGUAACAAGGAGCGAGAAGAAUUGAGUAACAGAGUUUGUGGAGUUUAGAAGAGAGAACAUCGUCACAAACAGAUCUCCAUAGGGGACCGAUGCAGCCGUUCCUUCAAUAUGUGCUGUUCUUCAUGGUGGUUUACACCUUUGCAAAAGAAACGCCCUCCAUGACUCUGAACUCCAGGCUUUACCCGAAUGGGUCGGAGGUCGAGAUGGCAGCUGGUUCCUCCUUCACCCUGUAUUGUCAUGGUAACGGUUCCGCCGGAGGCUGGUCCAGCUCCGCCUUCUCGCUGCGUUUGAGAGACUCCUUGGGCCCCACCCUGGAGGUCGGACGCUCAAGACCCCGACACACGGGCACCUACCGCUGUGGGGACGCCUGGAUACACCUCUACGUCAGAGACUCAGCCAAUCCUGCCAGUGCGUUCGAGGUUCCCAAACGUAUACCAAACCUGGAGGAAGGGCGGGACUUCCUGUUGGAGUGCUUGGUGACCGACCCGUCCUUCAGCCAGCUGACGCUCCGGCGAGAGCGAGAGCCGGGCGGGCUGCCCCUGGGCAUGGUGGUGACCUUUGACCCCCAGCGAGGCGCUCUGAUCCGGAGCGUAAGCCCGGCCUUCAGUGGGAGCUACGUCUGCUCUGCUCAGAAGGAGGGCAAAGAGUUCACCUCCAAGCCUUUAUACCUGGUGGUCACCGGGUUGCGUGAUCUACCCGUCGUCUCCAUAGGUCAGGAUUCUUUUGUUCGUGUCGUGGGAGAGAGUUUGGAGAUAACCUGUCUCACAACCAACCCCGAUCACAGAGUCUCUGUUACCUGGACACACACGCACCUACAGGGGCUGACCCUGACGGAGGGACAGGAGUAUAAGGACAAGACGUUCUACAAGAACCUCACGCUCACACUGCCCGCGGUCCAGGGGCGGCACAGCGGUCGCUUCACCUGCACAGCCAGAAACCAGGCUGGCGUCGCCACGGCAACCGCCAACCUGACUGUCGUCGACGCUCCUUACCUGAGGGUCUACCUCCUGCCUGUUCGGCAGGCUAACGUCAGCGCCGCGCAGACGACUGCGAGGCUGGUGGUGGAUGCUAGCGCCAACUCGACCGUUAGCCCCGGCGGCGCUAACGGUAGCGCGGGGGCGUCGCCUAGCGUGGUGGAAGUGUGGGAGGGGCGGGACGUGAGGCUGGCCUUCCUGACGGAGGCGUACCCGCCACUACGGCACCAUCAGUGGGACACACCCUGGCUGAAUAACACCUCGCUCCAGGAGAGCACCAUCAGCCAGCCCGACAGGUUGGAAUCGUGGCUGCUUCUGAGAAAGGUUCGAUUUGAGGACCGGGGGAAAUACACAUUCUUCUUCUCUUCUCUGGUUUCCAGUGGCAACCGUACCAUCGAUCUCCGGGUUUACAGAUCCCCUACCGCGGUGAUCAAACUGAACGGGAAUCAAACUCUCAUCUGCUCCAGCUCAGGAUAUCCUCUGCCAGAACUCCACUGGUACAGAUGUCCUUUGAUCUCCGACACCUGUGGGGAUCAUCCCACAUAUCAGCUGUCAGAGGCCGACCAAUCAGGAGAGACCAAGGAGCUGAAUGGGGAAGUUCACAGGGAGCUGGCCUUGACGUUCAACGGUGAUAAUGUGACAGUGGAGUGCGUGGCCAGAAGCAAAAUGGGCGAGUCUCGUGUCCACUACUACGUCCCUGGUAAGGCCCUGGUACAAUACUGUAUAGAGCAACUCUAUAAUACCACUGUAAAGUAUCUGCGGCUUUUUUCCUCUCACACAGUGACCCUCCCUUAUAAGCAAGACAGUCCGCCUCCCUUCUUCAACUCUGUUCUGAUUGGGUCGUCCAGUGCCGCUCUGCUCCUCCUCCUCCUCCUAUUGGCUCUCCUCUACAAGUACAAGCAGAAACCUCGCUAUGAGAUCCGCUGGAAGAUCAUUGACGUCAACCAGGGCAACGAGUACACCUUCAUCGACCCCAGCCAGCUGCCCUACAACGACAUGAAGUGGGAGUUCCCCAGAGAGCAGCUACAGCUGGGCCUGGUGGUGGGGGCGGGGGCCUUUGGGAAAGUGGUGGAGGCCACAGCCUACGGAUUGGGGGAGGAGGACAGCAUCAAGAAAGUAGCGGUCAAGAUGCUGAAACCCAGCGCUCAUUCAGAGGAAAGUGAGGCUCUGAUGUCAGAAUUGAAGAUUUUAAGCCACCUUGGUUACCAUGACAACAUCGUCAACCUGCUGGGCGCCUGCACCCGCGGAGGUCCCAUGCUGAUGAUCACAGAGUACUGUUACAACGGUGACCUCCUCAACUUUUUGCGUGGGCGGGCGUCCGUCUCAGCCGAGGAGGGGUAUAAAAACAUGGAGGGAAGCAGUCGCAGUGACAGUGGAAUCUCGUGUUCUGAAUACCAGGAAAUGCAACCAACAUUGAACCACAUGUACACGUGUACCUCUUACCUGUCAGGUGACGAGGACGGUAGAUUCAGUCUCCUGGAUCUCUUCCAGUACUCCUACCAGGUGGCCCAAGGGAUGGACUUCCUGUCAUCAAGGAAUUGUAUCCACAGAGACGUUGCUGCCAGGAACGUGCUGCUGACUGAGUUCCGCGUGGCCAAGAUCUGUGACUUUGGUCUGGCCCGCGACAUCACGGACGAUGACAACUACAUUAUCAAGGGGAAUGCCCGGCUGCCAGUGAAGUGGAUGUCUCCAGAGAGCAUCUUCCAGUGUGUUUACACCACGCAGAGCGACGUCUGGUCCUACGGAGUUCUGCUGUGGGAGAUCUUCUCUCUGGGUCAGAGUCCGUACCCCAACGUGGUCGUGGACACUCACUUCUACAAGAUGAUCAAAGCCGGCCGGCACAUGUCCAAGCCUGACUUCGCCACUGCAGAGAUAUACCAGCUGAUGAUUGGCUGUUGGAAUUUAGAGCCCACCCACAGACCAACAUUCACUGAGAUUGGCCAGUUGAUUAAGAACCUCCUCUCCACCAAUGAGGCACAGACACAUCAAAAUGACCCGCGUUCAGACCUGGACAGAGAGCAGGGUGUUGGGACAGCCGACCAAAGGCUCAAAUCAGAGACUGAAGACGGCCCUCCACAAGACGUCUUUGAGGAGGCGGAUCCUCUUUUGAGGACGAAGAUGAGGAAGAACGUGUACCACUAAUAUGAAAUUAAUAUAUGUUAUGUAUAAAUGUGUUCUUAUGCUACAUAUUAUAUAUGAUAUAAAUUAACAGAUCUGUUAAUAUACUAUAUAUAACAUAAUAUAUAGUACAUGAUAUAGUAUACUUUAUAAUAGAUACUAUAUGACAAUGUCUGUUAAUAUAAUGUAUUAUGUAUAAUACAUGAUAUAGUAUAUGAUAUACUUCUAAAAACUAUUUUAUACAUACAAUGUCACCAUGUCUGCUGAGAGAAACAUUGUAUACACUAUAUAAUUAUAAUAUAUAUUAUACAUAAUAUAGUCGACUAUACUACAGUAUAAACCAUGUAACAUCUUGCAUACAUUGCAAUUAUUUGGCAUUAUGACAUUUCACUACUACUAUGUCAUCUUUAUUAUAUAGUAAAAACUUUUUUAUUAUUUAGGUAACAUUCUGCAUUAUUCUGCUUGAUUAUUUUUAUGUUUUUUUAGAUGGAUGUUUUAAUUAUAAGGUGAUUUUGUGUUAAAAUCAUGAUGAGAACAUUAUUUUAAAUUGUCAAUUUCUUAAAUUAACUGAUAAUUAUAUUUACUUUAAUUGAUUUGAAAGAAUAGGAAAUGUUAACUAAAAAUAGAAAAUCUAUCUCUCUUUAACGAUUACGAUGACGAUGUGGGCGGGGCCUAACUGUAACUGAAGGGAUGUGGGCGGGACCUAACACUUACGGUGUAGAGAUGUGGGCGGGACCUAACGUUACAGUUUUGGGUUGUAGGCGGGGCCUAACUCUUAAUGUGUAGAGAUGUAGGAGGGGCCUAACUCUUACUGUGUAGAGAUGUGGGCGCGACCUAGCUCUUACUGUGUGUUUUAAAUAUGAAUACUUAUAAAAGUAUUUUCAUUGAAAUUAUUAAAUAAUGUUGCCAAGUUUUUAUGAAACAUUUAAAAUCCAUACUAGACCAAGUGGGUCUAAGGUAAAGUGUCAGAACUGGGUCUAGGGUAAAGUAUCAUUACUGUCUAGGGUGGUAUCAUUACUGUGACUAGAGUACACUAUCAGUACUGGGUCUAUGGCAGAGGUUCUCAACCACCGGGCCGCGGACCAAUACCGGGCUGCUAAGGCCACAGGGCCACAGAGAUGAAGAAAUCAAGCAUUAUUUUUAUACGCUUAUUGCAUACUUGAAAACUGCUAACAGAUGAUGAAUAAGCUCAUCUUUAAUUUUUUAUUGCAUUGAUGUUUCAAUGUAUCAUAGUCGUGUUGUUUGACUAUUAUACUGUUACUGUCUAUUAAUAAAAUUGUGUUUAUAUUCUUAAUAA